AUGUCUUCUUUGACUGCAAAUGCUAUAGCCUGCCCAGCUACGUUGCCAAUAGUGAGAACAGAGGUUAAAUCCAGAAAGCAAAUCGGGCAUAUUGGAUUUUGUCCAUUAGACUUCAAUCCACUUGUCACACAGUUUCAACCCUUUGAUAGAAGAAGACCCAUGUCACGUACUAUUGGAUUGGAGCCUGCUUCUAUAAUAUGUGCUGCUGCUUUGAAUGCAAGAUGUGGUGCAGAGCAAACCCAAACGGUUACACGACAGUCAUCAACCAUUACUGUUGCUCCUAUUCAAGGUGCUCUCUUCUUGCUUCUAUUACUGACUCGUGUAACUUCACUUGUGCUGCGGUUGAAAUCUGUUGGGAAGGAAAAGUCUCCGGAACUUGAUGAUGGUGGAACUGGUUUUCCACCCCGUGAUGAUGAUGGCGGAGGUGGUGGAGGUGGUGGCGGAGGUGGUUGGUCAGGUGGGUUCUUCUUUUUUGGCUUUCUCGCUUUCCUAGGUUUCUUGAAGGAUCAAGAAAGUGAAGGGCCUUACAGGGAUGAGAGAAAAGAUGAGAGGAUUGUUUUGAAAUUGGGUCUGGAUUUUUCAGGUUGUCUCAGUUGUCGUGGUCGAUGA